AUGCACAUCCUCAUUAUCGGCGCCGGUCCCGCCGGCUUAGCUGCUGCCCUCGCUCUCUCCCAGACAACAUUCUCAAGCUCCCUGCGCAUCACCGUCCUCGAACUGCGCCCGAAGAUCGAGACCAUCGGCGGUACAAUCAACCUAACGCCUCUGGCGCUACGGUAUCUCGACGCUCUCGGUGUCGGAUCACGGUUGCGGCCAAAGGGCAUCCCAGUCCGGGGCAUUGAUGUCGUGGUGCAUCGAACAGGCCGAUCGCUGGGUCGGAUACUCGCCGAGGCGGAUGUGUCGAGGGUCUUGAGGCAUGAUCUUGUGCAAUGCAUGCUUGAUGCCGUUAGGGAAUUGCCUAAAGAGCGUGUUACUGUACGCUAUGGCGCGAAGGUAACAGCUAUUCAACAAUCGGAGGAUAAUGGGAAUGAAAAGGGGACCGUCCGCGUCGACGUACGAUUCGAAGAAGAUGGGUUGCAGGAGACAAUUGAGUGCGAUGUUGUACUCGGAUGCGAUGGGAUACACUCACUUGUCCGCAACGUGGUUGUAGAUCCCGAACGGAAGAAGGAGUAUUCCGGUCGAGCCGUCGCUUAUGGAUUUGUCGAGCCUGCUGAACCUGGAAACUUGCCUGUGACAAUGCCGAACGGGGAGCCAGUUCUCCUGGACUCGACCAUGAUGUCGGCCCGGCAUGGAUCGAUUAUAAUGACGUUCUUCGAGCCGUCGAGGAGCAAGGCAUACUUGGCAGCUGUCAUGCCGAUGGCGGAGAACAAGGACGCAAGGGAGGGAUGGAAGGCGGUGGGAGAAGACAAAGCUGCCCUGAAACACGACAUCAUGACGCGUUUCGAAGGAGGGAAGCUCAAGGGCCUGCAGCCCGUGCUUGCGGCCUGCGAGUGGUUUUUCUACCCCGUAUACAUGCUUCCUGACGGGGGAGUAUGGAGCAAGGGGAGAGUCCUGCUUCUAGGUGAUGCCGCUCAUGCUAUGCCACCCCAAGGCGAAAGCACCGGCGUUGCGAUUGAGGACGGCGUCUUAUUCGCCCACGUGCUCAGCAAGGGAGCGUCGAAAGGUAUCCCUCAAGUCUUUGCCGCCUACGAGUCCCUGAGGAGGCCGGACAUUAAGAAGCUGUACUACGAGAGCAUGUUUCGCUGGAACGGCGCUGGUUCAUCCUCAUGGUUGUGGAGCAUCGUGAUGGAGCUUAUCACUUGGAUUUACAUCAUCGUGACUAACUGGAGGCAGAAAGAUUACUUUGCGCGAGAUGUGAGGAAGUUUGAGAUGCCAGCCUAA